CCAUGAAUAUUGUAGUAUUUAAAUCGACUAAGUUUUUAUGGGCGGAUCAUGAACAUAUAUAGUUGGACGGCAAACAGUUAUAUAUCCUAGGCAAAUGCCUCUCCAUAUGCUGGCGUCCAUAUAUAUUGCCCGGAGCUGGGGGCCAGUCAACACGCGCUCAGCUGCUAAUUGAUGGCAAUCUCGGGGCAUAAAAAUAAAUUAACAUACUUUUAUUAAAUGAAGAUAAGAUCGAAAUACGCUCAAUUCUUUGGACCGUAUGCUACGCCAACUAUAAAACUGUUGGCCCUCGCGGUAUGGCGCUCAUUUCGGCAUCGUCAGGCUGCGGGCCACAAGUAUUUCGAGACGCGGAAAGUUUACUAAAAUCGAAGCGAAUAAAUGGGGGAACGCAGUUUGAGCCUGUUGCAAUAUGCCACGGAGCAGGCGCCGCUGCCGCUGGAUGGCUACACGCCCGAGGAGGCGGCCGAGUUUAAGGACAGCAUACGCCAAAAGAUACUCGACGAUCUGAAGUCCAUGAGCGGCGAGCAGCUCAUCCAGCUGGUCAAGCAGAAUGCCGCCAAAGUCGCUGAGGAGGAGGAACAGCAGCAGGCCGAGCCCGUGCAGGAUGAUGCCGACCUGAUAGAUGCCAAUAUCAUAGCCGAAAUGGUUGCGGGCAUUUGCACCAAGAGCCAAAAGGCCACCUUCAUCAAAGUGAUAACCAAGUACAUCAGAAAUCAGCGACGCAACUAUUCGAUAAGGCCCCAUCGGGAGCAGGAACAACGCAAUGCGGAGGAUGUACUCUUCGAUAUGUUUGCCAGCGAGGAGACGGGUCUUAUAUCCAUGGGCAAAUUCCUGGCCGGACUGAAGACGACGGGCAUACGACGCAAUGAUCCGCGUGUGCGUGAGCUCAUGGACAAUCUGAAGAAGGUGCACAAGCUGAACAACUAUGAGACGGGCUCGUCCGCAGAGACGCAGCAUCUCAACCGGGAGACCUUCAAGGCCGUGGUCUCGCCGAAUAUUGUGCUGAUAGCCAAGGCGUUCCGUCAACAGUUUGUCAUCCCCGACUUCUCGAGCUUCGUCAAGGACAUUGAGGACAUCUAUAUUCGCUGCAAAAGCAAUACCGAGGGCAAACUGGCCGACUACAUUCCCCAACUGGCCCGCUAUAGUCCCAAUUUCUGGGGCGUUAGCAUCUGCACUAUCGACGGGCAACGCUUCUCCAUUGGCGACGUCGAGGAGCCCUUCACCCUGCAGAGCUGCAGCAAGCCCCUGACCUAUGCCAUUGCACUGGAGAAACUGGGUCCCAAGGUUGUCCAUUCGUUUGUCGGCCAGGAGCCGAGUGGACGCAUUUUCAACGAACUCGUGCUCGAUCAGAAUAAGAAGCCGCACAAUCCCAUGAUCAAUGCCGGGGCCAUACUUACCUGCUCGCUGAUGAACGCCUUGGUCAAGCCGGAUAUGACCUCCGCCGAGAUCUUCGACUACACCAUGUCCUGGUUCAAGCGUCUGUCCGGCGGCGAAUACAUUGGCUUCAACAACGCCGUAUUCCUUUCGGAGCGCGAGGCAGCGGAUCGUAACUACGCCCUUGGUUUUUAUAUGCGCGAGAACAAGUGCUUCCCGAAGCGGACCAACCUGAAGGAGGUGAUGGACUACUAUUUCCAGUGCUGCGCCAUGGAGACAAACUGCGAAGCCAUGUCUGUGAUAGCCGCCAGUCUGGCCAAUGGCGGCAUUUGUCCGACCACCGAGGAGAAGGUCUUUCGCCCGGAAGUCAUACGGGAUGUGCUCUCCAUAAUGCACUCCUGUGGCACCUACGACUACUCCGGUCAGUUCGCCUUCAAGGUGGGCCUGCCGGCCAAGUCGGGCGUCAGUGGCGGCAUGAUGCUGGUCAUACCGAAUGUGAUGGGCAUAUUUGCCUGGUCGCCGCCACUCGAUCAGCUGGGCAAUACGGUGCGUGGCCUGCAGUUCUGCGAGGAGCUGGUCAACACGUUCAAUUUCCAUCGUUACGACAAUCUGAAGCAUCUGUCCAAUAAGAAGGAUCCGCGUAAGCAUCGCUACGAGACCAAGGGCCUGUCCAUUGUCAAUCUGCUCUUCUCCGCCGCCAGCGGCGAUGUGACCGCACUGCGUCGCCAUCGUCUGUCCGGCAUGGACAUCACCCUGGCCGAUUACGAUGGACGGACAGCGCUCCAUUUGGCCGCCUCGGAGGGUCACUUGGAGUGUGUCAAAUUUCUGCUGGAGCAGUGCCAUGUGCCGCACAAUCCCAAGGAUCGUUGGGGCAAUCUGCCCGUCGACGAGGCCGAGAACUUCUGCCACUCGGACGUGGUCGACUUCCUCAAGCGCUGGGCCGAGAAUGCCAAGGAUGCGCCGCAGGAGUGCAUCACUGAAUCGGUGACAACCAAAACCGCUGCCGAUGAGGAGUUACCCUGCAACACGACCGAGCUGGCAAGCAGUCCCUUACCCCCUGCGGAGUCUGAGCCCCGGAGCAGCAGUCCCGUCUCCUCGGAGGCUGGCAGCACAGCGAGCCUGGCCAGCGUGGACAAGACCAAGCCGGGCCUCUAGAGACCUAUGGACAACAAAUUUACAUUUAUAUAUAUAUAUAUAUAUAAAUAGAUAACUGUAGAAUCUCGCUUAAAUUAUUUGCUUAAUCAUCUCUAGUUAAUAUACAAUUCUAGUUAGCUAUCCGAGUUCUACAACUUGUGACAUUAACCAUAAUGAACCCAGCAUACAUACCAUAAAUUAUAUACGAUAUAUAAAUAUAUGUUAUAUAUAUACAGAAAUAUCUAUUUAUGCUUCUCCGAUCAAAGCGAAUGAAGGCAGCAUUUGUACUUCGUAGGAUUUUAGACAAGCAUUCUAAGAUACCAUUGAAAGCAAUGACAAUAACAAAUGUAUUUAAAAAAAAUAUCCCACAGAGUUAUCUAAUAUAAAAACUUACAUAAUCUAUCUACCUGUGACUUGUGAAUAUGUACUUAUUACACAAUUGUCAAUUGAAAGUGUUUCGAUGUAAGCUCAGAGCUGCGUGUUUUUUGUUCUUCUCUUAAGUUCCUAUGUCUAUGUGUAUAAAUUAAAUAAAACUUAAUAAAAACUUAA